UCCUUUUCAGUAUGUCAAUUCUGCUUCGAAGGUUGAGUGUCGUGGGUCGUGGCCGCUGACACCAAACUGGGCACACAUUUCUCUGGGUAGACGAAGGGAAAAAUACGAGAGCAUCUGUAACAAGUGCCUUCAGUGCGCGGCUUAAUUCAAUGCGUUAAAAUCACACUCCGUCAAAGGUGUUAGCGUGACAGUGCAUUCUUCACAAUAUACCACGAGGAGUCGGUGGUGCUAAAUUAAGUAAGACUUAGUGGACACUGGAGGCCUAUACCUGCUGGAUGAGGGGCGGCAGAAUGGGCGUAUUGAUCUGCGAAGCGCCGUGCAUAGUGGAGUGGCUAGAUUGAGGAGACACGUGAGGAGACGUGACGAGUGAGGCUGAGAACACAGGAGGAGAAGGAGGAGAAGGAGGAGGCGCGCCAAGGGAUUUGUGUGAGGGAGGAGGAGGAGGAGGAGAAGGAGGAGGAGGGCACGUGUGAAGGAUACAAGGAAGACAACCAUGGUGGGCGAGACUCCAGGUUUCAACGCCAACAUGAAAGGGAACUGCAUCGCCCGCGCUCUGUACGACAACGACGCAGAAUCUCCUGACGAGCUGGCCUUCAGGAGGAACGACCUGCUGACGGUGCUGGAGCAGAACACGGCGGGGCUGGAGGGGUGGUGGCUCUGCUCCCUCCGAGGGCGACAGGGCAUCUGUCCCGGCAACCGGCUUCGCAUCCUGCCCGGGAUGUACGAUACAGGCUCGGGGGUCACCAGUCUGUCCGGCCUCGUGCCCCGCCCCGGCGCCACCAGCCCCGGGCCCCGCACCCAGAGACCAACGUCCAAUAAGGUGGUGACCCCGCGGCGUGUGGGGGAUGUGUACACCUAUGACACACCCCGGGCCUUGACACAAGCAUCCCACCUUGACUACGAUGUGCCGCCCUCUAAGCACUCCACCAUAGACACCAGUGGUGCUCGCUUGUCACGCAGCAGCAGCCUUCGCUAUGAUGCUCCUCGGUCUCACGUGCGCUCUUCCCUUGACCAGUAUGACAUCCCACGCUCCCAGUAUGACUCACCCAAGAACCGGCCUUUGUAUGACUCACCUAAGGCUCAACAACACUACGACUCUCCACGACCCCAUCCCGAAGGCCAGCGCAUGGGUGGGGGAGUGGUGCGCAGCAUGAUCAAGGGCAUACGAGGGGGAAUGCCUGCCACCGUCACACCAGGAGACAACGUACAAGAGUAUGACGUGCCACGACCCACCAAUACCAACCAGGAGGUGCAGCAUGAUAUGCCACCCAGUGACAGAUCAAGUGGAGUGUCAGUCAUGUCCUGUGAGUCGUCCCAGCUGUCAACCUCUUCCUCAGCUUCCUCUUUGGCACCCUCAGAGUCCCUGUCCCUUUCCUCCUAUGGUGGGUCCUCAAACCGCUCCAGCUUGGAGUCCCACGAUGUGUAUGACAUUCCCCCAGAACCAAGAAAAGUUGUGGGCUCACAGCGCCCAAAGCUGCCCCCACGAGAAGGAAAAGAUUCAAAGGAUGCUUAUGAUGUUCCUCGAAAUGUGAUGGCAGCUGGUAGUGAAAUGUAUGACACACCUCCCUCCAGGAUGCCACGUUCACUGGUGAUGAGGGGCACUGGUGGUGAGGGAGUGUAUGAUGUGCCGCCACAGGUCAGUCGAGAUGUCCGCCAGCAGGACUGUGUGGACUCAGCACCAAACAGACUCUCCUCAGGUUCAGACUCAUCAGGAGGAGAGAUAGACUUGAGUUAUGGGAAGGACCUUCCUUUAGAGUACGACUCUGCUCUAGAAACUUUAGUCAAGUUGCAGCAGGAAGUUUACAGUGCCAUAGAAAAACUUUCCAUAGUGCACCAAAAUGCAUCAUGGCACACCAGAGACACUGUGGAGGAGCGUGAGGAGGAACUCAAGAACUUAGUGUCCAGACUUCUGCAGUCUGUCACUGCAAUCAGCGAAUUUGGCCAGGGUUCAGUCAUCAAUGCCUCCCAGAAUGGUGAAAGAGGGAUUGCCAGACGGCUGCAGCGUCUCAUAGAGCCUGUGAAUAAGAUUGCAUCCAUCAUAGAGGAGUCACUGACAAGAAUACGCAAGGGUGCAUGGAGGGCAGCCCUCACCUGUAGGACCAAUCCAGAGAACUUCAAUCAGCUGGCCACUAUUGCUCACUCCCUCGUGGAUGAUGUGCGCCUCCUGGCCAAUACCAUUCAGACCAAGGGCAUGUUCAUCUUUAAGAAGGCUCCAGCUUUAGACACUUCUGGCUACACACGUCAGCAGGGGAUUGAGGAUGAGGAGAAGACUCCAGUCCAGGAGAGACCUCUACCUGACCUACCUAAUAAGAAGCCCUUUGAAAACUUGUACGAGAAUGAUACCAAAAAUUGGCUUGAGGACUAUGACUACGUCAAUCUUGAGACUCGAGCAACUGUUGAACGAGAGCAUGAGGACAUCAAGAAAGAACUGCCAGCUGAGCUGCGAAAGUCAUUUGACAACCUAGUGAAACAGUCACAACUGAUUGUUGACAGUGAUCAUGAGAAGGUCAUCCAGAAAAGUGACCAGACUCAGAUCAGUGUCCAGAAGCGAGGUGGUAACAACACCCUUGACCCCAAUGAUAAACAGGUCAUCAAUUUCUAUGGAAGCCAGAGUGAGGUACAUCUCAAACACCUCAACACGGCCAUUGAUGCUUUCCUCCUCACUAUUGAGAACAACCAGCCACCCAAAGUCUUCAUUGCGCAUUCCAAAUUUGUCAUCCUUAAUGCACACAAGCUGGUCUACAUUGGCGACACUGUCCAUAGAACUGUUGUCAACCCUGAGGUGAGGACAAGGGUUCUUAACUGCUCUAAUGCACUUUCUGACCAAAUGAAGCACACAGUGACAGCAGCCAAGACUGCAGCCCUCCAGUUCCCAUCUGUAACAGCUGUGCAAGCAAUGGUGGACUCCUUUGUGGCUGUCUCACAUCUGGCCAACAACCUUAAGCAAGCAAUCUCAGUGACGCCUAUCUGAGGACCAAUCAAAGCCACUCUAGCUCAGUCUCUUGACACGGGCAUGCUUCACACCCACACUGCUGCAGGCCAUGGAUGUCCUAGGCCCUCUCCUAGAUGCUAUGUUGCGGGCAAGGGGUGUGCCAGUGCAGAGGAGAGGCAGCUAGGCCAGCGUGCGGGUAACGUAGGCCAAUCUAAGGCGUUGAGGAACUAUCAAAUCUACCUUAGAGAGUUAUCAGGGAAGUGUAUUUUGAGUUCAGUCAAGUUUUUUUUUUUUUAAGUUUGUGUAAAAAACUGAAACGAAUAUUUUUGCCAAAUUAUUUUGGGACUUUAUCUGUACAUUGUUUUUAACAUGUAAUUUAUGUGUUUCUCUCAGAAGGCCAAUAGUUAGAAAUUGCUUUUGUUAUAUUUGUCUGAAUUGUUACUUUUUCCACACAAUGUGUUUGUAUAUAUUGUGCUACAGUUGAGGUAUUUAUUUAUAAAACAUAGUAUUCAGAUUCCUAGAGUUAGUCUGUCUCUGCUGAGUUUCAUGACCAACACCUACAAUUGGGUUACUGCUAUUGGUUGAUGACUGCACUUGGAAGUCAUUUUAAGAUUAGAUUUUUUUCACAAGGAAGCACUUUGUGGUGCAAGGCCUUGUUGUCCAAUACCCCAGCUCUCCUCCCUUAGUCUCCCCUGUUAUGCCUUGGGAGCAUCCACAGACAUAAAAUAUAAAUAAUAUAUAUAAGUACAUCAUAGCUGCUUUUCUGUCUAGCGAGUUUGCUCAGUCUGUCUUUUUGAGUAUCUUACAAAGCUAAGUGUUCCCUCUGUGUCUAGGACAACAAAACAUGCCCACUGCUGCCUAAACUGUGUGAAAAAUAUAAUCCUAAAUGUUACAUCUUGGUUUUGUCCUGAUGAAGGCCACUGUCAGGUGGGUGGACGGCCAACUCUCACGAAUAUCUUCCAGUUUCUUUUAAGGUGAACCAAGUCGACUUCCACUUGUUACAGUCAAUAUGGUGGAAUUCUAAAUUCCCAGGCUGUGAUUUUAGUGUUUAAGUAAAAGAAUAAUUUUUAAUUUCUUAUUAUUUGUAAAUAGAAUUAAAAAAAUAAAUCACUAUGCCACUGUACAUAGCAUAAGAGGGUCAACCUGUUGCUGUGACACUGCUAGAUGUGCCGCAGAGCACCAGGCAGCAUCGAGGAAACCAGUCAGGCGCCCCGACAGCCUGAGCCUUCGACCACACACGAAUCAAAAAAGGAAGUGCUAUGGCGAGUGCUAUGCUUGACCGGUCCUAUUGCUUCUUAGCCAGAGCUUAGUCUGUGUCCUGCCAGAGUGUAGGUGUAUCCAAGCCAUACUUUGCUCUCUCAACAUUGAUGACCCCAACCCCUACCCAGCAAGUAGUGUGCACAAGGACCUGCCACACCCAAAUGUGCCCAUGACCCAAGUGUUAAUUACUACCACCACCUGUCCACUGCCGCUUCAUACUGCCAGCAGCCACCGCUCACGUGCGGCAUUGAGUGAGUGAGUAUGAAUAAGAAUAUGAAUCACGUAGGUGUUUCCUAUGCAGACAACACCCUUAAGACCGGUAGUGUCCCUGUGUACCCUUCCUAUCCCAUGUGGCGCUUACAGACACUCCCCCUAUUGGAGUAACUGCAGGGGAAGCACUGUGCCUCCUGCUGACACCUCACUAUGCAAGGACUGCCUACUGCCCCAAGCAGGCAACGACACCCAGUGAGGAGUCAUGCAGGGCUUGGAGAAAGACAUUUUGAGGCGAGUUGGCCGAUGGAGGCCUUUUUAUGGCUCCCUGUAUCCUGUCCUUCAUAAGAUGCUUGAGUGGUGUGCACACACACAUACACACACACUUCCCCAUAUAUGGUAUUCUUUGUGCACAGUGUCUUUGAACAUAGUGGUGUGUGUGUGUGUGUGUGUGUGUGUGUGUGUGUGUGUGUGUGUGUGUGUGUGUGUGUGUGUGUGUGUGUGUGUGUGUGUGUGUGUGUGUGUGUGUGUGUGUGCACGCGUGUGUGUGUGUGUGUGUGUAUGUGUGUGUGUGUGUGUGUGUGUUGACCUCUUGUGUUUUUGUACCUAAAUUUGAUAUGUAAUGUACUUUAACAUGCCAACACCAUAACCAGGUUAAUAAAACUGUAUGUCUAAA